AUGGUGAAGAUCAUGAAUUUCCUAGUUUCAGUUAUAGCAUUUGCAACAUUGUUACACAGAACAGGAGCCGAAGACUACACAGUUGGAGAUGAUCUGGGCUGGACUAUACCUCCGGACGGUGCCGACACGUAUGCAGACUGGGCAGACGAGCAUACCCCCUUUGUUGUCAAUGUUGAUACUCUAAUAUUUGAAUUUCCAGUAGGACAACAAGACGUGGCAUCUGUGUGUAAGGAGGAUUUCGACGCAUGCUUUACCACAAAUCCGCUAUGGGUGUCAUCGGCUCCGACCAAAGUUAUAUUUGAUCGAGCAGGCACAUUUUAUUUCGUUGGCACUUACAACGGUCACUGUGCCAAAGGCCAAAAGAUGGCCGUUACAUGGAUCAAUUCCCAGCCAUGA